AUGUUUGCAGAGCUCCAGGAGAACCAUGUUGAGUUGACGCCGAUCAAGGAUCGACUGACAACACCCUACAUGACCAAGUAUGAGCGAGCCCGCGUGCUGGGCACCCGUGCGCUGCAGAUCAGCAUGAACGCUCCAGUCCUGACGAGCGUCCCCGGGAGUGAGUCUGACCCGCUGAGGAUCGCGAUGAAGGAGCUCAAGGAUGGCAAGAUUCCGUUUGUGAUACGGAGGUACUUGCCAGAUGGCAGCUUCGAGGAUUGGCCGAUUGCUGAUCUGAUCUAUGACUAA